AUGCUAUUCAUUGAGUUGGAAAUGAACUUGCCUGCUAGCUGCGUACCUGCAGGGCUAGAGAAGCAACUGUGUGCAGCCACCACCACCAUCCUGGACAAACCUGAAGACCGCAUGAGUGUUAUGUUAAAGCCUGGCAUGACCUUAUUGAUGAACGGAUACACAGAGCCCUGCGUCCAGCUUCUAGUCUCUUCCAUUGGUGUUGUGGGCACUACAGAGCAGAACUGUAACCAUAGCUCCUGCUUUUUCGAGUUCCUCACCAAGGAGCUGGCCCUGGACCAGGACAAGGUAAUUAUCUGCAUCUUCCCUUUGGAACCCUGGCAGAUUGGAAAGAAAGGAACUGUCAUGACAUUUCUGUGA